AUGGCCGAGCAAGAGACCAGCCGUACGUCUCAUCAGGCACGAAAUAAUGCCCCAAACCGGUCUCAAAGUGAGGGCCAGGGUUCAGCAUCGCGUUCUCGGGGAGGCUCAGGUGGAGGACGCCGUAGGGGAAGGGGAGGACGGAAUCGUGGCCAGCGACAGGAUGAUUCAGCGCAGGUUCCCGAAGGCCGCGGAAUCGCCCCUCAGACAGGGCCUGCCGAUGCCACUAUUGCUGCACCAACCAUAGCCGCCCCCGAAAGCUCAGGGUCUUCUAGAGGCAGAAGAAACCGGCGAGGCAAUCGAGGUGGUUCUCGAGGGCAAGGAAACCAAGGCAGAGGCGUGUUCUCUAUGGGGCCGCAGCGCACUUUUGGUGGACGCUUGACUACAACCGAACAACCGACAGAGAUUGCUCAGGAUGCAUCAUUGAGUGCAGAUGCCCCAGAAUUCGUGCCCGGACAGCCUGUAUCCCAGAGGAGUGCCCAACAGCAUCCAUCAAGCGCCCCUCAGCCCACAGGCCAAGGACGCUCAAGAAACCGUACGAGGAACCGUAAGCAGGACAGACCCCGCCAAGAGGUUCCCAAGUCGAGUGCCUCGGAAUUAUGGCAACGGAUUCAGGAAGACAUUGCCAAUUGGAACUAUGAGUGCCGUAUCUGCACCGAAGAGGUUACUCGAAAAACCGAGGUCUGGUCGUGCACUACCUGCUGGACCGUUGUUCAUCUUGAAUGUGCCCACCAAUGGUGGGAUACGUCCAUGAAAGUCAACGAGGAGAGCGGCGACAAAUCUUGGCGUUGCCCUGGGUCCCAGUCGGAACAGCAUUUUGCCUCCUCAUUCAUGUGGGCAAACAUGUUCCAAGCCCAGAUCGACAUGCUCCCACCCAUGCACUCUUCAAUGUCAUCCUGGCCCAUGUCCUCCGUGCACCGGAUACCGAUUACCACAACGGGUGGAGUUGUCGAGAGCGUUGCGGCGAUUUUCUACCUUGUGGUCAGCAUGAAUGUCCUCAAACAUGCCAUCCAGGUGUCUGCGGUACCUGCGAGGUGCCGGUCGAAGCCAAGUGCUAUUGUGGACGAGUGCAAAAGGAGAUGCUAUGUUCCAAACAGGAAGACAUAUGCGAUUCGUUCGAUCUCGCCAGCAAUUCCUGGUUUGAGGGCUCCUUUAGCUGCGAGAGUGCUUGCGGAAGAACCUUCGAUUGUGGGGUACAUCGUUGCCAGAUUUCUUGUCACCCGCAAGAAGAGGUCUCGGCUCAUUGCCCUUUCUCUCCGGACGUUGUCACCCAUUGCCCUUGUGGCAAGACACCGCUCAAGGAACUCAUGGAGGAGCCCCGUCAAACCUGUGAAAAUAAUGUUCCUCACUGUGAGAGGAUUUGCGAGAAGAAGCUGGAAUGCGGUCAUCUCUGCCAAUCCUUGUGCCACACUGGGGAGUGCGACCCUUGCACCCAAACGAUGGAGAUUGACUGCCGCUGCGGCCGAGUCACGGGUGAGACGAUCUGCCAUGAGGGAAAUGUCCAACAUCCCCUAUGUUUCAAGAUAUGCCAGGCUACUCGCAACUGCGGAAGGCAUCGAUGCGGAGAGCAUUGUUGCCCCGGUGAAAAGAAGGCAUCUCAACGUAUUGCUCAGCAGAAGAAGCAACGCCUGGGCCCUGAUUUGCUACCAGUUGAGGCCGAGCAUAUCUGUGUCGCCGUCUGCGGACGACCACUUAAGUGUGGCAGUCACUUUUGUGAGCAACUCUGCCACCGCGGAGCUUGUCAAAGCUGUCCCGAGGCCAUCUGGGAAGAAGUUUCGUGCAAUUGCGGCCAGACAGUCUUGCAUCCGCCACAACCAUGCGGAACGAGACAGCCAUCUUGCACCAAUCAGUGCCAGCGGCAGACUGCAUGUGGGCAUCCUUCUGUUGACCAUCAGUGCCAUCCUGAUGAUGUAUCCUGCCCGCCGUGCACAUACCUCGUUCAGAAGCGAUGCAUCUGUGGAAAGAAGACCUUUCACAACAAGCCUUGUCAUUUGCAAGAGGCUCAUUGCGGAGAGCAAUGCGGGCAAAAACUCUCCUGCGGGCUCCAUACAUGUAAAAAGCUAUGUCACCGCCCCGGAGAAUGCGGAGACGCUCAAAACGGUUGCGAGCAAAUAUGCGGAAAGCCCAAGCUGCUAUGUAAUCACCCAUGCCAGAGCGUCUGCCAUGGGCAAACUCCCUGUAAAGAAUCAACAGCUUUGCCUAGCAAGUACGAGCAACCCUACUCCGAGUCGACCAGAUAUUCGAUGUGAUGAGGAGUGCGAACGACUUGACCGUAACCGUCGCCUGGCCGCAGCUCUCAAUAUCGACCCUGCUUCUCACACCAACGACCAUAUUCCCUUCUCGGACAAUACUCUAAAGCUCUAUAAACAGAUGCAAUCAUGGGGAGAUGCCCAGGAGAGCCAAUUCCGAGUCUUUGCUGCUAACAAAGACGAAGUUCGUUUACGAUAUGAGCCAAUGAAGAACCAGUCACGCCAAUUUCUUCACUUGCUCGCCGAGGACUUCGGCUUCGAGAGUAAGAGUGAGGACUACGACAUUCACCGGUCUGUUCUAGUAUGGAAAUCAGAUAAGUUUGUUUCAGCCCCGACGAAGACACUUGCACAAUGUGUCAAGAUCCGAGCAACCCAAGCUGCUGAAGCUGCGGCUGCGGCAGCCAUUCGACCUCCAAGCCCACCAAUCCUCGAGACUGAGCCCUUCAAUGCUCUGGUACUUACAGAGCCUCGCUUCGGUCUGACCAUCGAGGAAGUCAAUGCCGCCCUCGAGCCGGAUCUCACGUCCAUGCAAGGCUUCAGGUUCAAGGUUGAUUUUCUGAAUGAGGAAGUUCUUAUCAAAGCUUCAGUAUCAUAUUCCGCAUUUCUCACACCCGCACCCAUGGAGAAGAGCCUCGAAAUUCUCAAACCUCGGAUCGAGCAGACUAUCCGUCGCGAAAAGCUUGCUGAAAGCGUCUUGCUCUGUCACUCAGAUGCUAACGGUGCAAUUUCUCGGCGAGAAGUAACCCUUCGGGCCGGCACUGGAGGAUGGAGUGCCGUAGCUGGACGCGCGGCUUCUAGACCAAUGUCCUCGUCUUCUACUCCUGCACCCGAAGAGGCAAAGCCCGGACGCAAACUACUUCUAGGGCUCAAGAAGAAGAGGCCGCAACAGCCAGAGGGGGGAAAGGUGUGGGCCGCUCUUGAUGGUGACGUGGAAUGCUAG